GCCCAAUGAAAUCCUUUUAGAGGCCCAAACAUUCAAAGCACUCCAAGAACAAGUACACGAAAACACGGCCAGACUUAACAGCGUGGACUGGGUUGCAACCCAAACAGCAUCACUAGUUCACCGAGAUCAAGAACUACAAGCCUCCAAACAGCUUCUCCUGAUGGGAUGGCCCAAGAUUGACGAAAAAGAAAGGGAGAAGGAAAUCAAACGGAUGGCCAACUACUACGGACUCAUGAGCAAGUACCAGGGGAGUACCACUUUGAAGACCAAGAACGGCUUAGCUCACUUCACCAUAGUUGAUAUGUGGGACAAGGAAGCCAGGAACGAGUUCUUGCAGCACAUCAAACGGGACCCCCAUCAAGUACAAGGCAACACCAUUGUAGGCAGACCACAAAUUCCUCGAUACCGUCGUGAACAAGAUGCCCCGAUGAAAUGCGCAAUGAAGACCUUGGCCAACAUCAUAGGAGACAACCCCAAAUUCAGCCCGACCUGGGAGAUCCAAGCCCUAUGGCAUGAUGAAUGGCUACUCGCCGUGAACACCAACGACAAGGACAUCACAAAAGUUCAGCUCUAUGUGCCGGAUCACGUGAAAGCAGAGUUUGAAACUAAAUUUCAAGAAGACUGGUCGGCAUGGAAAGCCCCCGGUUCUAGCAAGGACAGCCGCCCCCAGAAGCACCUUCAGGUCCAGAUCUACGCCCUGACCGACGAAGUCAAAAACAACCUGGACGCGCGAUAUGCAGCCCUCAAAAACGCCAAGGUGACCAAAAACCAGGACGUUGACAUGGAGGAUUCUGAGGCCCCUUUCCGCGCCCACUCUGCCAAAGGGCAGAAAUGGGAGGAGCUGCGAGACAUCUAUUUAGCGGCGCUUACCGACCAUAUUCCAAAACGUGUUCAGCAGCCGCGAAAAGAGUGGAUUAGCCCCGCCACUCUCGACCUCAUAGCUGCCCGGGGGGAGGCGCGGAAAGCUGGAGAUCUUGAGAUCUUCGCUACGCACUUGGAACAGGUGCAAUGGGCACCGCCAGCCAAUGAGGGAGUUGAUGACAUUGCAAUAGCCCGGACUCUUGGCGACAAGCACAAGUGGUAG